AUGGACCGCAUGCGCUUCAUCUCCCCGCCUGUCGCUGAGGCAGACCGGGUUCCCGCCCCGGCGCCCGCCUCGCGGCAUCCUGACUGGCAGCCGUGCUCGUGGCUACUCUUCCAUAUCUCGCAGGGUCAGCUGGACGCCCUCAAGCGUCAGGCCAGCCUGGACACGAGCGGUUGGAUCUCCACAUACGAUGCGCUGACGGCGUUCCUGUGGCGGGUGCUGUCCCGCAACCGCGCCCAGAUCUACCGCCCCGAUCUCUCUGCGCCUGCCAUCUUCCUCGAGUCCAUCAACAUGCGCCGCCGGUUGGAUCCCCCGCUCUCGAUGCGUUAUCAAGGCAACGUUCUCAGCGGAGGGCUCUCCAUGCUCCAUCCCCGACCGCUCACGCUGGGUCAAGUUAUUUCGCAGGAGACUCCGCUGGCUGUCCUGGCCACCUUCAUCCGCGAGAUCACCCAGAGCGUCACCCCGCAGUCCGUCGAGACCACCCUCGCGGCCAUGGCACCCGUCAGUGACAAAUCCGCCCUUAAUGUCCGCCUCGACUCUGUGCCUCCAAUGUCGCUUGCCGUCACGGACUGGCGCGAUGCUAAUAUGUGUGUCGUCGAUUUCGGGUUUGGUCGACCGGUAGUUGCGCGUCAGAUUGCAGACACAGUCGUGGAGAACAUGAUGAUGAUCUAUCCGCGGCGGUCUGGGGAGGCAGAGGAGAAAGGCGGCCUCGAGGUGGUUUUACCGUUUGAGACGGACCAUGUGGGUCUGCUGCUUGCAGAUGAGGAGAUGGGGAAAGUGGCGACCUUUCGGGGGUUCGAGGUCAGGAGGGGAUAG